UAACAACUUUUCUUACUUCCACCAGUUUUUACUCUUCAUUAUUCACAACUCUAAGUAUUAUAUCACGAAAGUUACACAGGUUUAUAUUUUUCGGAAUCGCCAUAGUAGAUUACUACACUAGUUCGCCCGUUCCCCCUCACUCACAUUCGAAAUUUUCAUUCACGUGAAAACAGGCUGCGCUUCAAAUAUAUCUACGUCUAUGUUCAUACCGGUAGAGAUGAUAGAAAGGUUAGAAACGAUUUUAUAGUACUUAAUAUUUCGUUCUUUCUAAUAUUAAUUGUAAGUACGUACUUCGUGCAUCGCCUUUCUGAAGCAGAAUGCGAUGACGGCUCUUAAUUAUCUUCGAAGAAGAUCUGGCAGAGCUUUACAAUUUUUACAACCACAUAAAUACAAUGUUUGUAAUAAUCUCAGAUUAUUUCUACGAAAUGAAUCGAGUUUUGUACCAAAGCGAGUACUUAUCGUGUCGAAGUUAUCGCGGUACCACUUCGAAAAAAUGCGGGAACCAGAGAUGACUGACGAGCAAUUAAGAGUAAAAUUGGAGCAGCGAGGAUCGGAUUAUGAUAUGAUAUGGGCUAGUCAUGUAUCAAAUGAGAAUGUAAAGUAUCAAGUAACUGAGGUUUUGAGAAAAUUGAACAUUGAAUAUAAAAUAAUAAAUAGAGAUAAUCUAAAUAGCUCAAAUUUUUCGUGGGCUGAUCUAAUCCUUCCAAUUGGUGGCGAUGGUACGCUGCUGUUAGCAUCGAAUAUGAUAUUUGAUAACACGAAACCAAUAAUGGGUAUUAAUUCGCAUCCGGAAAGAUCAGAAGGCUACCUCAUGUUACCACCUAAAUAUACACAUUGCAUACCUGACAUUUUCGAAAUGCUAAGAGCGGGAAACUAUAAAAUAAUAAUGCGACGAAGAAUCCGGACAACAAUAAUGGGAGAUGACAUUUGGGAUCCUCCUUUUCAUACCCAUGAAAAAGCUCGUAUUAUAGGUGGAGAGAAACUUUAUACGCAACAUUUAUCGAAGGAGGUAUUAUACAAUCUGCCGAAGGAGAGACGUUUGCCUUGGCUAGCGUUAAACGAAGUUUUUGUGGCAGAGACACUUUCUGCUAAAACAAGUACUCUGCUAAUCAAAUUGAAUAAUGAAGAAAAGUAUAUUUUGACAAAAAGUUCUGGUAUAUGUGUUAGCACAGGAACAGGAUCGACAUCAUGGUACAAGGCUAUAGUUAGCGUUACUCCACAAACAAUACGAGAGAUAUUGAGUUUCAUGAAGGAAAAAAGACAAUUCAGUAAAGAAGAGGUCGACAAAAUUGCAAGCACUUUCAAUGAUAGCUUAGCUUAUAGUCCUGAUGAAUUAAGAUUAUGUUAUGUCAUAAGAGAUAUGAUAAUAUCAGAUGCCUUGCCUGUGUCAAAGUACCUGAAACCUCGAGGAUUUUGUGAUAAGUUAACAGUAAGGUCUCAGUCUUAUGAUGCUGGUAUAGUCAUCGAUAGCGGCAUAGCUGUGCCAUUUAAUUUUGGAACUACAGCAGUAUUGGAAACCUACCCCGAAGACUCUUUACGAUGUUUAAGUCUUCUAGAGUGAUCAAUACUUAUCGUAAUUAGAGAUUGAAUUGAUUCAAUUAGAAUACCGAUACUUUUAAUGUAUUAAAUUUAAGAAUCAAGCAGAAACCAUUAACGGACUCCUUUUGUAGGUCAGAAUACUUCAAAUUUUUAUGAUAUGCAUUUAAUUUGAUAAUCAUAUUAAGUACAAUAAGACUAUUGCAGUUUUUUUACGGGAUGCAACCAUUGAAGACAUGGAUAGGGAUGAAACUAAUGUAAUAAUUAUGUAUUGUAAAAUAAAUUUUUAUGAAAUAUA